UCCAUCUCCACCACACUCCCCCAUCUUCCACUCAACAAUUCGAACUCAAAUCUUCUCAUUCUUCUCUUCACUUCCCGAUUUACUUCUCAUCUUCUUUCUCUCCUCCAUCUUUCCACGAUUUGAACACACUGUCUGUUUCUUCUUUUUUCUAAUCUCAAAGACAAAUCGAUGGCAUCAGCACAAGAGGAGAGCUCCACCCUGGAACUGAUCAGGCAACACCUCCUGAACGACUUCACCUCCGUGGACACUUUCCUCACCGGCCUCGAUGCCUGCACUUCCGCCAUCGCGCACCCCGCCACCUCCGGUUCCAGCUCGCCCCAGACCUCCUUCACCUUCGAACCCAAGCCUGCCCCUCCUUCCCUCUCCAAGCCCCCCAAGCCGUCUUCUUCCUCCACCCUCAGCUCCCGCCGCCCCGCCAUCCACGUGGCGGUCCCGGCGGCGACGAGCUUCCUGGCGAGGCCGGCGGCCCCCCAGGCCGAGCCGUCGGUCUCCGGCGGCGGCGACGGCGGCGCCGACAAGCACUACAGGGGCGUGCGGCGGCGGCCGUGGGGGAAGUUCGCGGCGGAGAUACGCGACCCCACGCGCAAGGGGACGCGGGUGUGGCUGGGGACGUUCGACACGGCGGUGGAGGCCGCCAAGGCCUACGACCGGGCGGCGUUCAGGCUCCGCGGGAGCAAGGCCAUCCUGAACUUCCCGCUCGAGGCGGGGCGCGACGAGGCGGCGGCGUCGUCGCUGCUAACCUCGGCUGAUGCUUCUCGCAAGAGAGCAAGGGAGGAAGCCGCGGAGAGCGCCGAGUCGGAGACGAGCUCCUGCGGCAGCUAUAAAGCGGUGAAGAAGGAGGAGCUUGCGGACGCAGCGGCCAGCAGGGAGAUAUGCCCGCUGACGCCAUCGAGCUGGAGGGGGUUCUGGGACAUCGGCGAAGGGAAUCAGGAGAGCAUAUUCAGCGUCCCGCCGCUAUCGCCGAUAUCUCCGCACCCAUGCCUCUAUUCUCAGCUCCUGGUCAGGUGAGGAGAAGACCAAAGAUCGCAUCAUCGAUUUCAAGAACUGCUGCGGCCCAAAAUCAAGAAAACACAAAUGGAAGAGAGGGCAAAGUUUCUUCGACAAUUUGAGUAGUCUUAAUUCCUUAAAAAAUGAGGGAAGAAGGACAAAAAUUAUAGGAAAAAAGAAGAAGAAGCAGAAAGUGUGAGUUUGAGUUUGAGUCUUGAGUUUGAGAUGUUAAGUUAGUGUAAAUAUGACAGAGGUUGAGGGAGAUGUGGUAUUGUAGUUCGCCAUGAAAGGCUAAUGAAUUUAUUCAUUCGUUCAUCAAAGAAUAAUCCGGAGCUGAUUCUUUGUCAAGUAAAAGCCAAAGGGGAAAUUGUCGAAAGGCAUCGUUCCCAUAUGAUUGUUGUACGCUCGACUUUGAGCGAUUAAAUGGCUCGAAUGGAUGUCAGGAAAUUCGGGUACUCU